AUGGGUCCCCUUGGCUUGCUCCAUGUUUUUGGUGAUCCUCCUGAGAACAAUCCAUUUCUCACCUCUGGCCUCGGAAUUGCUCUGGGACGGAUGUCGUGGUUAUGUACCUUUGCUGCCCUCGCUUCCGAUUUCCUACAGCGCAUGUCUGAUGAAUUCCCGAUGAUGGGAAGCUUACAUUCGCAUUAUUGGACCAAUGUUAGAGAACUAUUGGACCCGAUAGGAUGGGCAUUUAAGGAUGCAUAUGAUAGGGGUGCGGUCUCUGUUGAUGACAUUUUGUAG